AUGGCUGAAACCAUAGAGUCUGGGACGCAAAAGUCCCUUUUCCAGCAAAAAGACCUGCAAAAAUCACACGAUAUCCUUACCUGCACCAUCAAGGCCCCGCCCUUCUCAUACGCCCACCUUGAGCUCGUCACCGACGGCGCACCCGUCGAGCUGGACAAUCUGCAGGUCAAGUCAUACUGCACUACAGCGCUGCGGCAGUUCCUGGGCAUCACGGGUGUGGCCAUCUCGCUCGAUAUCCUCAAGGUCCAGGGGAGCCACUGUUGGCUGCGAAUCCCGCGACCGGACCUGGGGUCUUUUGCCGCUGCCAUCACAGCGUGGAAGGGCAUCAACGACAAUGGCGUCCAAUGUGUACUCCAAGUCCGGCAGUGCUCGGACUGGCUGGGUGCCAUGGUUGGGACUGACGGCCAAGACCGGUUGUGGAACUCAUGA